CUUCGCUUCAGCCGCCUUGAGGACCUUCGCCACUUGCCCGCUCGCUCUCCCGCCGUCCUAUCCCAGCCGCCGGCUGAGCUUGCCCUCUCCCCGCUUGCAGACAUGGCUGACACCAAGAACACCCCCGAAUAUGCUGCAUUUUUCGCUGUCAUAGGCGCUUCGUCCGCCAUGGUCUUCAGCGCCAUGGGAGCCGCCUAUGGCACAGCCAAGAGUGGCACUGGCAUCGCAGCUAUGUCGGUCAUGAGGCCAGAGAUGAUCAUGAAGUCCAUCAUCCCAGUGGUUAUGGCUGGGAUCAUCGCCAUCUAUGGCCUGGUGGUGGCAGUACUUAUCGCUAACUCCCUGACCGAUGGCAUCACUCUCUACAGGAGUUUUCUUCAGCUGGGUGCUGGCCUGAGCGUGGGGCUGAGUGGUCUGGCUGCUGGCUUUGCCAUUGGCAUCGUGGGGGAUGCUGGUGUUCGGGGCACUGCCCAGCAGCCACGACUGUUCGUGGGCAUGAUCCUGAUCCUCAUCUUCGCGGAGGUGCUUGGCCUCUACGGUCUCAUCGUGGCCCUAAUCCUCUCCACAAAGUAGCCGUUUUCCACCACCAGUCACAGGAUAGGAUGUAAAGACCACCCCUCCUCAUUCCAGAACGAACAGCCUGACACACACGCACGGGCAGCUGCCCCCUCAGUAGUUGGUCUUGUAAAUGCGCAGUGUCCUAGUGCCCAUUGUCUGUUGCCCCUGCCUGGCCCCUGCCGCCCCGUGCUGUGGACAUCUGGGCCCACUCAUCUCCCAUCCAGGCCCCUGACCAGUGAGGAUGUCAGCCUCUGGCUACCCCACCCAUCGCCCUAGAGUGCUCUGUGUAUAAGGAUGAAUUAGAGUUGUCAUUUUUCUCUUCA